AUGCUUAGUGCCUCUAAGCAUGAGAGAGAUGCGCUCAUAGCCACCAGAAGAAAGCUCACGGAUGUUUUAGGCUUUCUCCGAGCAAUGGGGUUUUCGGAACAACAAGUUCUUAAUCACCAGGUUAAGGAUGGAUUUGGUGGUGGGAUUCCAUCUAGAGAUGAAUUUGGGCUCCCCUUACUCAAAGAUGAGGUUGUGAACAGAGGCCCCAAUCCUUUCACUGAUAAAAUGAAGGACAAAAUGCCAGAUUCGGCUGCUCAUACGGUGUUUGAAGAAAGGUCCAGCUCACCUAAGUCUUCGAAGCCUUUGGUUGGAAUUGAUGAUAAGAUUUUGAAGGAGAAUAGCAAUGUUAAGGGUGAUAAGGUGGCUGAGGUGAGUAAAGGGGAGACCCCUUUAAAAUCUUGGGCCACAGUUCUUAAGAGAGAUUGUCCUCCCCCCCCUUCCUUUCGCUUCCUCCCCCCUGGUGAAUCGAUGAUUGUGGAACCCCCUCUGGAAGAGCUAAGAAAAGGGAAUGAUAAAUACAAAAGUUGUGUUGUUGGGUCUUUCACCAAAGGAACCAAGCCUUACAAGGAGGUGGCUGAGUUUGCAGCCAAGAUGUGGGCUGUCAAAGGUUUGCAAGAUGUUUUUCAGAAGGAUAAUCGAACCUAUGUGUUCAAGUUUAAAGAUGAGCAGGAGCGUGAUGCAGUUCUCUCUAGAGGAACAUGGUACAUUGAUAAACGACCUAUGGUGGUCACUAGAUGGGGUAUUAAACCGGGUACUGAUAAUAUUAGUGCUAUUCCGAUGUGGAUAAAGCUUAGUAACAUUCCAGAUUCUUAUUGGACUGUUGAGGGGUUGAGUCGACUAGCAAGUACAGUUGGGAGACCUCUAGGAGCUGAUCCUUUGACUGCCAAGCUUGAUCUCCUGCCGUUUGCUAAGAUGCAGGUUCUUUAUAAAUUAGGUGACCCUAUGCCGAAUGAAGUACAAGCUGUGUUCUUGAUCCAGUGUCAGAGGAAAUCUACUGUUAAGGUUCAAAUUUCGUAUCCGUUUAGACCUCUGUUUUGCUCUUGUUGUAAUUCUUUGGGUCAUUCUAUUGGGGCUUGCCCUCGUGUUAAUCGUGUCUGGGUAAAGAAAGAUCAGAAAAUUGAGGUUAAGACUGCUCAACCGGUUGCUGCUGAGAGUAAUCCUAAUUGUCCAGAUCCUCCUGUGAGCAAUACUAUCGUGACUCCUAUUAAGCAGUCUGUGAAUGAGUGUGAUGCUGCUCACUCUGAAAGGUGGACUGAAGUAAAGCGUAAGCAUGGAGAAGGGUCUGUGCACUCUGUGCAUUCUGAUGACUCCCCAACCCCGCCUCAAUUAGGCUUAUUUGCCGUUUUGGAAACCCACGUUAAGGAAAGAGAUGCCCUGUAUUUCUCAAGUCUUAUUAAUAGGCAUUUCUGUUGGCUGUUUAAUUACCAACAUCACAAUAAUGGACGUAUUUGGUUAGGAUGGGAUCCUAACAGAUGGUCUGUUCAACAUUUAGCAUCUUCGGAUCAGCAUCUCACUUGUCAGGUCUUGAAUCAUGGUAAUCAAGCCUCCUUUGUGCUAACAGUUGUUUAUGCUAGUAAUAACUCUGUUGAGAGAAGGGUUCUGUGGAGUAAUUUGGCUGAUAUUAAUGGACAUUGGAUAGAGAAUGGAUCGAAUAAAGCUUGGUGCCUCACGGGAGAUUUUAACAUCUUUGCUAGACCAUAUGAAACUAAUGGCCCCCUUCCUCGUGCCCAACAAGGUAUUCUGGACUUUAGAAAUUGUCUUAACCAGUUGGGUGUCACUGACUUGCACUUUACGGGGGAUCUUUUCACUUGGAGAGAGAGUAACCUGGUCUCAGCCUUGAGAAGAAAACUUGACAGGGGGCUUUCUGAUCAUAACCCAGCUGCAGUAGUCUUGGGACUUGCUAGAGAAAGAAUUUUUCGACCGUUCCAGGUGUUUCAACACCUUCUUGAUCACCCUGAUUUUAAUCAUACCCUUUUGGAGAACUGGAAUAUUGAAGUUAAUGGUGAUCCCUGGUUCAUUCUCAUGUCUAAGACUAAACGUAUUAAGGAACAUCUCAAGCAAUUUAAUAUUCGAAAUGGUAAUUUGGAUGCUAAGGUGACUGAUGCGAGGACAAAGCUUCUCUCUUUUCAAGAGGCCAUGCCUCUUUCUCCGAAUUCUGACUGGCUUUCACAAGAAAUGCAGCUUACAAAUGACCUGAAGGAUGUGUUAUUGCAGCAUGAAGUUUUUUUAAAGCAAAAAUCUCGAGUUAAGUGGUUACAAUGUGGAGAUGGUAACAAUCGUUAUUUUUUCAACAGUUGUAAGGCAAACUGGAACAGGAGAAAGAUUCUAUCUCUUGAGAAUGAGGGCCGUAUUGUUUUCACCCAUAAGGAGAUAUCUGAAGUUGCUGUGAAUUUCUAUAAAGAUCUUCUUGGUACAGCAAAGUUGGUGACUCCUAUUCCCACUGACUUUAGUUUUAAGAGGCUGAAUGAUGAGCAUAGUUCCUCCAUGAUCAGACCUGUUACUAAUGCUGAGAUUUCUGGAAUGUUUAAGGGACUGUCGAAGCACAAAUGCCCUGGUCCUGAUGUAAAUUCUGCUGCGAUUGCUCUUAUUCCCAAGGUUAACAAUGCUGUUUCCAUGGCUCAGUUUCGGCCAAUUUCAUGCUGCAAUGUCUUGUAUAAAGUCAUCUCUAAAAUUCUAGCUCACAGAAUGCAACCCUUCAUGCCUUCUAUUGUUUCAAAUAAUCAAGCUGCUUUUGUUAAAGGCAGAAAACUUGGCGACCAUGUUCUUCUAGCUCAGGCACUUUGUCGGGACUACCAUCUAAACAGAGGUACGCCUCGUAUAGCUUUUAAGCUUGAUCUGUCGAAGGCCUUUGAUACUAUUAACUGGAGUUUCUUGUUUGAUCUGCUUGCUCUCCAAGGUUUUCAUCCUGUUUUCAUUAAGUGGCUCAAGUGUUGUAUUACGGGAUCUAUGGUCUCUGUUAAAGUUAAUGGUUCUCUGGAAGGUUAUUUCAACUGUAAGUCUGGGUUGAAACAGGGUGACCCCCUAUCACCUUAUUUAUUUGUUUUAGCUAUGGAGGCUCUGUCGGUGUGUCUCAAUCAUGCAACGAGGACCUCUUUGUUCAAGCAUCACAGCCGAACAAAAGAGGCCAAUAUUACUCACUUAACUUUUGCUGAUGAUGUGUUGUUGUUCUGUCGGGGAGAUAAAGAAUCUGUGAAAUAA